AUGGUAUCACUGAACGACCAUACUGCUUAUGCUUUAUUUGACUCUGGAGCUACGCAUUCAUUUAUUGUUGAGCAGUACGUUAAGUUGAUAGGGUUGAGUCCAGAACCGUUGGGGUCAGUAAUUAGUAUAUCUACCCCGUUAAAGGAUAAGAUGUUGUCUGCAGUAGGCUGUCUUGGUUACAAGUUAGUUAUUGUGCCGUUUGGUUUAACCAACGCCCAAGUUGCUUUCAUGGAUCUGAUGAAUCAUGUAUUCAAAGGGUAUCUGGAUCAAUUCGUGAUCAUGUUCAUCGACAACGUCUUGGUGUACUCAAGAAGUCUUGAAGAGCACAAAAGACAUUUAAGGACAGUACUUCAGACUCUGAAGGAACAUGGAUUGUAUGCUAAGUUCAGGAUUUUCAUGGACCCGACCAAGAUUGAAGCAGUGAUCAACUGGCCAAGAUCGAUGACAGUGACAGAGAUAAGAAGUUUCUUGGAAUUGGCCAGCUAUUACAGACGAUUCGUGGAAAGAUUUUCUGCAAUAGCCAUGCCUCUAACCCAAUUGCUAAAGAAGGAAAAGAAGUUUGAAUGGAUAGAUAAGUGUGAGAUAAAGAUUAAGACAUUGCAGUUUACAAAUCCGGAGAUCCAGAAAAUUCUGCAAGAAGAUACGGAAAAGAGAAAGGCUGAUUUUCAAGUUUCUGAGGAUGGAACACUAAAUUUUCGUGGGCGAUUGUGUGUACCUAACAAUGCAGAGCUUAAGGAAGAGAUCUUGUUAGAAGCUCAUCGUAGCAGGUACAACAUUCAUCCAGGCAGUACAAAGAUGUAUCAAAAUCUGCAUCAACACUAUUGGUGGACUGAUAUGAAGGCAGAUAUUGCCAAACAUGUCGCCAAGUGUCUAACGUGCUUACCGAGAAGUAAGAGAGGUAAUUAUUCUAUAUGGGCUGUAGUUGAUAGAUUGACGAAGUCUGCUCACUUCAUCGCAGUACGAAAGGACUUUGCAUUGGAUAGAUAUGCAGAGUUGUACAUGAGUCAGAUAGUUCGUCUGCAUGGAGUACUAGUGACGAUUAUGUCAGAUCAAGACCCGAAGUUCACAGCAGCCUUCUGGAAAAGUUUACAAACUACUUUGGGAACAAAGCUGCAAUAG